GAACGGAUAGUCAUUUUAGUUAGAUAUGUUUGAGAACAAUUUACAGAAAGCACCCGGAGCAGUGACUGAGUAGUUUUGAACGAUGCCAAAAUCUGAUGAUAAACGCAGCGCUCUAUCGUUUCUUAGAACGCGUUCAAAUCGAAGAGGUUCCACUAGUUCAGAAGAGGAACAUGCUUCUGUAACCUUUCUUCCCCCGGAAUCUUGGAAUAAAUCAGCGGAAGAGGAUGCGGAACAUGCUGGCAAUUGCUGCACCAGAACAAAGGACUGGUUCAUCAGCUUUCCAAAAGCGACAUGGCCCAUUCUCUUGACAGAAUUUGGGGAGCGUUUUUCGUAUUAUGGCAUUAAAACGGUACUGGUGUUGUAUCUGACCAAAGACCUCAUGUUCAACAAGGCGAAUGGCAAGAGCAUUUAUCACGCGUUCAGUAUGACAAGUUACUUUACGGGAGUUAUCGGCGCCAUGAUUGCAGACAGCUGGCUUGGAAAGUAUCGAACCAUUGCCUACACACUGUUCCUUUAUUCCAUUGCGGAGAUCCUUCUCACAUUGACGAGUGUUGAUACUAUUGGUCAGCGGAAUUCAGUGGGACCUUUGGUUUCACUCUUUGCCAUGGCUAUUGCUUGUGGAAACAUCAAGCCUUGUUUGGCCGCUUUUGGUGGAGAUCAAUUCCGUAAAGAUCAGGAACACUUGUUAGAGCUCUUUUUCGCCAUGUUUUACGCCUCCGUCAACGUUGGCGCGGUGCUUUGUAUGUGGUUCAUUCCCAUGGUGCGAACUGAUGUGCAGUGUUUCGGACGGGACUGUUAUCCAGUUGUGUUUGCCAUAAACACAGUACUCAUCAUCACUGCAACACUUUCUCUUGUAGCUGGAAAAAGGCUGUACACAUUGAAAGAUCCCGCUGGAAACGUCAUGAUCCGUGUUUUUAAAAUCAUAUGGCACGCUUUAUCAAAUAAAUUCAGUGGCUCCGGGCCUGCGCAGGUUACCCAUUGGUUGGACAACGCAACUGAUGAGUAUGAGCAAAAGGAAAUUAAUGACAUCAAAUUGUUACUCCGUGUGCUAAAGAUGUACAUCCCUCUUCCAGUGUUUUGGGCGCUUUUCCAUCAACAGGGAUCAAGUUGGACUCUUCAAGCAGAGCAGAUGGAUGGUGAUUUGGGUGGUUUUACGUUACGAUCAGAUCAAAUCCAAGCGCUGAAUCCAAUCCUUGUUCUGAUCCUUAUUCCUCUCUAUGAUGGCGUUAUUUACCCAAUGUUCGAGCGUUGCCAAAUGCCUCUCAGUGCUCUGAAAAAGAUGACUGGUGGAUUAGUACUUGCUGCAGCGGCGUUUGUUGUCUGUGCUUUUGUCCAAAUUCAGAUCCAGACCAUUGGUGAGGGCCCAGCAGCACCAGGAGUUGGAAAGACCACUAUGGAGUUUAUUAACGGUGCCCCGUGCCCAGUCUCUAUCGACCGCGAGUCUUUCUUCAGGGUGAAUCUGAAAUACGGAGAGCGAUCAGACGUUUUUGUUGGCCAGGCCGGCCUCAUGAACUUUACAGUAACUGCUCAGGGUAAUGGCUGCAAGUUUAAAGAGAACCGUACUAGUUUACAGUUGGACGACAAGACAGUCUUCAGCGCCGUGGUAAAAAUUGCCAACAACGGGUUCAUUUUUAAAAAGUACCCUGUGAAACUGCCAGAUAUUGAUAUCAAUAAAGCUGAGACCCGUGUAAGGGUCAUUUACUCUGGUGCUGCUAAUCUUCCUAAGAGGGUGGAUGUGGAAUUCAAGUCCAUUUUAAGCAAAGUCGAACCGACCGUUUUGAAGAAUAUUGGAAUUAAUAACUCAACAUAUAGCUUGAUAGCAACUGGAGAGUACUAUAUAAACACUAUCAUGCAUGCAACGAAUGGCGCGAAGUUUCACUCAAAGGAGCAAAAUAGGAAAAUCAAAUUUGGCAACUUUGGUGGUUAUACUGUAGUUAUUCACCCGCCCGAACACGAUUCCAACUCCACCCAGUUUGAUACUUCGAUGUACCAGGAUGCGCCUGGUACAACCGUGUCUCGACUUCUUCAAAUUCCACAGUAUGUCGUGCUGACGGCAUCUGAAGUCAUGUUCUCUGUGACUGGCUUGGGUUUUGCUUACUCUCAGGCUCCUGCCAGCAUGAAAUCUGUACUGCAGUCUUUUUGGCUGCUAACUGUUGCUUUUGGCGAUCUCAUUGUGGUCAUCUUGGCUUCCGUUUUACCGGCAAUAGGCGUGGAAAGGGAAAUGUUUUUGUAUGGAGGUCUGAUGGGCGUGAUCGCCAUCGUGUUUGGUGUUAUGUCUUACUUCUACAAAUACGUGACCCUGGAGGAAUUGGGAGAGAUUGAGCGAGAUGAAGAAAAGGAGGACUUAGGAAUAAAUGGAAUCGCUCUGGAGGAUCGUCCCUCAGGCGACAAGGACAACAACACCAAAGUCUGACAUGGUUUGCUUUCUGGGACAUACAGACUUCCUUUUUCUCUUUGCACUCUAAAGUUCUUUGGAGCUUUAUCACGGUUUGUUCAUCUUCAGGUUCGCCAUUUGCAACCCAUAAUUAGCGAUGCUAUUCUUUGUUUUUCUUACUAAUAGGUGUGAGUUGAUAUCUUUUCAAUUUAUUACAUCGCUCGCAACGCCCGUGGGCAAGAUGAAGCGAAUCCUGGGUUCUGAUUGGCUACCCGA